AUGAGGCAAAAUCACCUCGGCCGAACUCCUGAGAUCCCGGGGAGGAGGGAUAGGAGGAACUCCAACCUCUAUUGUGCCUACCACCGAGAUGUUGGGCACGAGACCGAAGAUUGCAACGAUCUGAAGCGAGAGAUUGAGAACCUGAUCCGCCAGGGAUAUUUGAAGCAGUUUGUCCGCAAGGAUGGAACCAUCAACCGAAGCGCCUCCCACCGGGAGAGCCGCGGUCCUCGCCGAGAGGACAGACGGGAUACGAAACUUCAUUGCCGAGAUCCUGAGGAACCUAAGGGGGAUCAGAGGUCUCCACGGGACAGAUCACCAGGCUGCGGCCCAAACAUCGCCGGGGUGAUCAAUACCAUCGCCGGUGGCCCGACGGGAGGAGAUAGUCAGAACUCCAGAAAACGGACAUACCGCCAGGCCGGCAUGGAAGCGGCCGAGCCGAGCUCCCGGUUGUCCGAAGUGAUCACCUACGGUCCCCGUGACCCUGUUCCCGCCGCCUUCAGCAAUCACAAGGCCCUCGUGAUUGAGGUACUCACCAACAAUUACAUAGUCAAAAAGGUCUAUAUGGACCCCGGAAGCUCGGUAGACGUCCUGUACUACCGAACCUUCGAGAGCUUGAAACUUACCCGGGAGCAACUCACUCCGGUCAGAACUCAACUUGUCGGUUUCGGGGGACACGUCGUCCACCCGGAGGGCAUGGUGACCCUGAUGGUAACUAUCGGGCGUCAUCCACGCUGCCGAACUGUGCCUGUCAGUUUUUGCGGUGGUUAA